GGAGACCGGCGCCAGGCUGCGACAGGCAGCAGCUGCUCCGCGGAGUGAGUGCGGCUGCUGCCGGUGACCCAGUGAAGGAACGGAGAGCCGAGUGAGCCGGGCCAUGGUGGAAACUGGAAGGAAGUAGCCAGCAGGAAAUUAGUCCACCUACUUGAAUGCUGGUCAGUAGUGGAUGUUCCCUGUUCCUUUUGCCAGCGUUCGCUGAAUUUUGACAGAACUUAAGUGUAAGGACAUUGAAAUCAAGCCAAAAGUAAAAAUGGCUGGAAAUAGCCUGGUGUUGCCUGUCGUGCUGUGGGGUCCCAAAGCUCCAACACACUGUAUUUCGACUCUACUGGUUAUGGACGAUUUAGCAACCAUUGUUACAGGAUGUCACGAUGGUCAAAUCUGUCUCUGGGAUCUAACUCCAAAAAUAGAGAUUAUUCCAAGGGCUUUGCUGUUUGGCCACACAUCAUCCAUCACUUGCCUCUCUAAAGCUAAUGCCAGUACUGACAAACAGUACGUUGUCAGUGCAUCGGAAAGUGGAGAGAUGUGUCUUUGGGAUGUGAGUGAUGGGCGAUGUAUAGAAUUUACUAAAUUGGCAUGCACUCAUACCGGUAUACAAUUUUACCAGUUCAACGUUGGAGCUCAACGUGAAGGAAGACUGCUUUGCUAUGGACAUUAUCCAGAAAUCCUUGUUGUUGAUGCCACAAGUCUGGAGGUCCUUUAUUCUUUGGUGUCCAAGAUUUCUCCUGAUUGGAUUAGUUCACUGAGUAUUAUACGUUCACUGAGAACACAAGAGGACACGGUGAUUGGAGUUUCAGUAACUGGAAUCUUAAAGGUGUGGAUUAUUACUGCUGAAAUCAGUCGGCUGCAGGAUACUGAACCAGUCUUUGAAGAAGAAUCCAAGCCCAUUUACUGUUUGAAUUGUCAGAGCAUUUCGUUUUGCACAUAUACGCAGCGAUCACUCUUGGUGGUUUGCUCCAAAUAUUGGAGGGUGUUUGAUGCAGGAGACUUUUCCUUGUUAUGCUCAGUAUCCAGUGAGGGUGACCAGUCUUGGACUGGGGGUGAAUUCAUUGAUGCUGAUAAGGUUGUUAUUUGGACUGAAGAUGGGAGUAGUUUUAUCUACCGACUACCUUCAAGCUGUUUACCAGCCAGUGAGUCAUUCCGCAGCAAUGUUGGCAAAGCUAUUGAAAAUUCCAUUCCACCUCUACUGUAUAAUGUUUCGGACAGGAAGGAUAAAUCUAAUGCCCAGCAGAUAGAAUAUGGGUGUAUAGGGGAGGCAGUUGUCCACGUUCCUCAUGACUGUUACCCCGACCCUAUAAAAGCCUGGGAACUCUACAGACCUCAGAUGUUAUCUUGCACUCGGCCUUUUGAGGCUCCACUCCUCAUUUGCCCUCCUGUUACACGAUUCUUCUAUGGCCGUAGGGAGCCCUUCCAUAAACUGCUGAUCCAGGGAGAUUCAUCAGGGAGACUCCUGAUAUGGUGUAUUGACUCACAUCAGAAAGAUUCUGUUCAAGAGUUGAACGUUACCACUUCUUCAUGCUUGCAAGAUACAUUUGAUUAUCAGUUUCCAAGGCCUGCAGGAAUUAUAGACCAACUGAGUACACAGCCUGGCAAGGAGGAGCCUCUGAAAGUGACAGCCAGUGUUUAUAUUCCCUCUCAUGGGCGUCUGGUAUGUGGUCGUGAAGAUGGCAGUAUUGUUAUUGUUCCAGCCACUCAAACGGCUAUUGUCCAGUUACUGCAAGGAGAACACAUGCUGAGAAGAGGUUGGCCACCCCACCGAACACUUCGUGGCCAUCGAGGCAAAGUGACCUGCCUGUUGUACCUACACCAGGUCGCAACACGGUAUGAUCAACGCUACCUGGUGUCAGGUGGGGUAGAUUUCUCUGUAAUCAUCUGGGACAUCAACUCGGGGGAAAUGAAGCAUACCUUUUGUGUCCAUGGUGGAGAGAUUACCCAGCUGGUAGUUCCACCUGAAAACUGCAGUUCUCGUGUACAGUAUUGCAUCUGUUCGGUGGCCAGUGAUCAUUCAGUGGGUCUUCUCAGCCUUCGAGAGAAGAAGUGCAUAAUGUUGGCAUCACGACAUCUGUUUCCUAUUCAAGUUAUUAAGUGGAGGCCAUCUGAUGAUUACCUGGUGGUUGGAUGCUCAGAUGGAUCAGUGUACGUCUGGCAAAUGGACACUGGUGCAUUAGAUCGCUGUGUAAUGGGAAUAACUGCAAUAGAAAUCUUGAAUGCCUGUGAUGAAGCUGUUCCAGCUGCUGUAGAUACCUUGAGUCAUCCGGCAGUCAACCUUAAACAAGCCAUGACUCGACGGAGCCUCACAGCGUUGAAACAUAUGGCACACCACAAAUUGCAGACACUUGCCACCAACCUUUUGGCUUCUGAAGCUGCUGAUAAGGGGGCUUUACCAAAAUACUCCCAUAAUGCACUUAUGGUGCAAGCCAUGAAGACAAAUCUGAUCGAUCCAGAUAUCCAUAUAUUAUUUUUUGAUGUGGAAGCCCUGAUUAUCCAGCUCCUAACAGAAGAAGCAUCCAGACCCAAUCCUACACUUAUAUCUCCAGAGAGCCUCCAGAAAGCACCGGGUGGCACAGACAGAAGCAGCUCCUUCCUUACUGGGAAGAGAGCAGCAGUCCUUUUCCAGCAAGUGAAGGAAACGAUCAAAGAGAACAUUAAAGAACAUUUGCUAGACGAUGAUGAAGACGAAGAUGACGACAUAAAGAGACAGAAGAGGGAAGAGGGUGAUCCUGAGUACAAGGGCAACAAGUCAAAACCUCUCACCUUGUUAGAAUAUAACUUAACAAUGGACACAGCAAAAUUAUUCAUGUCAUGUCUGCAUGCUUGGGGUCUGAAUGAACAAUUAGAUGAGGUUUGUCUCAUGCAGCUUGGUAUGUUGAAACCUCACUGCCCUGUAUCUUUUGGCUUGCUGUCAAGGGGAGGACAUAUGUCACUGAUGCUUCCUGGAUUUAAACAGACUGCUUCCAAGACACUAGAUGGUGCUAAUGAAACAGGAAAAAGACCGACUUUGGGAAACAGCACGUACAAUGUAUCCCGAGCAGUCACAACCCAACACCUGCUCUCUCUCAUUUCCUUAGCCAAUACUUUGAUGAGCAUGACCAACGCUACGUUCAUUGGGGAACAUAUGAAAAAACUGCCACCAAGACCACAGAAACCAAGCACCCCAGAGAUGACUAAAGGGAAACCUUCCCCUCCAGUCUUCACUGCUGUACAGGGACAGAUCAAACAAGCUGCUGUUGCUGUCAAUGAGGCUGUCUGCUCUGGCACUGUUUUACAUAGCUGCCCCUCAGUAAAUGAAGGUUGGAGUCAGCUUGCAGCCAUGCAUUGUGUCAUGCUUCCUGAUCACCUUGGACAGAACAAUUUCCGACCUCCGCUUCUGGAGAUGUUGGCUCGGAGAUGGCAAGAUCGGUGUUUAGAGGUGAGAGAAGCUGCUCAAGCUUUACUUUUAGCAGAGCUUCGCAGAAUUGGGAAAGAAGGACGAAAAGAAACAAUUGACGUCUGGGCGCCUUACUUGCCGCAAUAUGUUGAUAACAUAAUGUCACCUGGUGUGACAGCAGAAGCUAUUCAAGCAGCUAGUGGAAGUUCUGAUUUACAAGGGGCAGAUACUAAAGUUCAGGAAGAGGAACCUGACCUAGCAGAUGAUGACAUUAGUGCAGGCUCUUUGCCUGGUCUUCUUGCGCACAUGAAGAAAUCAUCCUCUUCCUUUGAGGAAAGGCGCAAACAGGCCACAGCCAUUGUCCUCCUGGGUGUAAUUGGAGCAGAAUUUGGUGCUGAGAUCGAACCACCAAAAUUGCCAACUAGGCCACGUAACACCAGUCAAGUUCCAGAGGGGUUUGGAUUGACCAGCGGAGGUUCCAAUUAUUCUCUAGCAAGACACACCUGCAAGGCUUUGACAUUCCUGCUGCUGCAACCUUCCAGCAAUAAACUUCCGGCACACAGCACAAUCCGCAGGACCGCCAUUGAUUUGAUUGGCCGUGGCUUUACCGUGUGGGAGCCCUAUAUGGACGUAUCGGCUGUGCUGAUGGGACUUCUGGAGCUCUGCGCUGAGGCUGAGAAACAUCUCUCUAACAUCACAGUGGGACUGCCACUCACCCCGGCAGCUGACUCCGCCCGUUCAGCGCGUCACGCCCUGUCACUCAUUGCUACAGCCAGACCACCAGCCUUCAUCACUACCAUUGCACGUGAGGUCCACAGGCAUACGGCUUUAGCAGCCAAUACUCAGUCCCAGCCUAAUGUACACACCAGCACACUGGCUCGUGCAAAGGGUGAAAUACUCAGAGUGAUUGAGAUACUAAUUGAAAAGAUGCCCACAGAUGUUGUGGACCUUCUUGUAGAAGUUAUGGAUAUUAUCAUGUAUUGCCUCGAAGGGCCUUUGGUCAAGAAAAAGGGACUUCAAGAAUGCUUCCCAUCAAUUUGUCGGUUCUAUAUGGUGAGCUACUGCGACAGGAGUAACAGAAUAGCAGUUGGAGCUCGACAUGGCUCAAUGGCUCUGUAUGAUAUUCGCACAGGAAAAUGCCAGACCAUUCACGGCCACAGUGGACCAAUAACUGCUGUAUCCUUCGCUCCUGAUGGACGGUAUCUAGCUACAUAUUCCAAUGCUGACAGUCACAUCUCUUUCUGGCAGAUGAACACAUCACUGUUGGGAAGCAUUGGGAUGUUGAACUCAGCCCCUCAACUCCGAUGUAUGAAAACCUACCAGGUGCCUCCUGUUCAUCCCAUUUCCCCAGGUUCACAGAAUGCACUGAAACUGGCGCGCCUGAUCUGGACCUCCAACCGCAAUGUCAUCCUCAUGGCACACGAUGGGAAAGAGCAUCGAUUUAUCGUCUGAAGUCGCCAUCGUAAUCCCGUGAAACAGUAGACCAAUAAAAAUAUGUAUGUUGUUUGCAAUGCUGGUUAAUGUUUACAUUAAGUUACUUAUGUGUAGAUUUGUUUUCAUAAAGUUUAUAGUUUGCAAUGUCAACUUUCUGUGGGUUUUUGUGAAUAAGUGAAAUAGCUGUCCAAUAUUUAAACCUAGAUAUUUGCAUAUUCCAGUCAUCAAUGAUUUAAGAAUGUUGUUUCUUUAGGCUUGCACAUCAUUCUCUCUCUGUUGUGAUUCUAAGUCCAAGUUAUUACAAUAGAAGUAUCGAUAUUGUGGUUGCUUGUAUGAAGCACAUCUCAUGCAUCUAAUUAAAACUUGGGCCCUCUUCAAGAAGAAGAAAAGGCACAAUCUAGGACAAGAAUGGCCAAAGCUGGGGAAUUUAUCCUCAUUAAGAAUAGUCUGACUGGCUGAGAAAACAGUUCACCAUGUAUCAUCAUGAUGGUGCUGGGCUUUAGCUAAAGAUUUCAACUGAGCAAAGACCUGGACCUAUAAGAAUGAGCAAGCUUUGAAUGACAUUACUAUCAAUGAUUCUGCAUGUUAUGAUAUUGGCCAAUUCUGUCGAGGAACUUGGAAGUGCAAUGUAACGUGAUACCCUUAGGUGUAUUCUUGUAAGUUUGGAGCAGGAAUAAAAGGGAUUUAUGUUCUGCCUUUUGUAAUGCUGUCUGUCACUGAAGAUUUGUUCCUCCAGUUACAAUUUUACUGUUAUUGAUAUACAACUCCCUUUAUUGAUGAAGUAGCUGUAGAGCCGGGGUUCCCAACCUGGGGUCCAUGGACUCCUUGCUUAACGCCAUAAAGAAGGUCAGGAACCCCUACCCCACAGUGUAAGUGGCAAGGAGAAUCCGGGUGGGGGGGGGGUUGGGAGUUGAUUAGAAUGUGGGGGUAGCCUCAGAACGCAAGAACUUCUCUUUUGAACAGGGAUGAGGAGGAUUUCCUUUAGUCAGACAGUGGUGAAUUUGUGGAAUUCAUUGCCACAGACAAUGCGCAGGCCAAGUGAUCGAGUAUAAAGCAUAGGUUAAUAGUUACUUAAUCAGUAGGGGAAUGUUCAGGGGAGAAGGCAGGAGAAUAAGGUUGAGUGGAGUAAUAUAUCAGCCAUAUUUCAAUGGUGGAGCAGAUUUGAUGGGCCAAAUGGCCUAAUUCUGCUCCUGUGUUUUCAGGUCUAAAGUUGACAGUCUGGGUUUCACCACUAUCAACUCUUGAGAAUAAUUUGGUUGCUGCUGCAUCCACAAUGUGAACUGUACCAUCUCACUAUCAAUGUAACUCCUCAGUGUUCUAACUCAGGAAACACUAUCAAGUUCAAGUUUAAUUGUCGUUCAACCAUACGCAUGUGUACAGCUAAAUGAAACAAUGUUCCUCCGGGGACCAAGUUGCAUAACACAGUACAUACAGUCACACACAACACACAAGAUAUAUAGUUACGAUAGCCUGCAGAUUAAUGGUGCAUGGAUGUUGUCCUGUAGCCAUGUUCUCGCAAGAACAAGCACGCAGCAGUUCCUCAUUUCUCGCAGCUGUCUUAUAUUGUAGUUCCUAUAUGUUACUAUUAACAGUAAGAGCUAUGGCCAACACUGAAGAGCAACUCCUUGACAACUGGACACAAAAUUGAAAAAAGUUCUGUUAUUUGAUGAAUGAUAAUAUAUUGAAAUUAACAUCUGAACUGGCUAUCCUGUUUGAUAUUAGAAUUUGACCUUAGUUUUAAUUUUAUUCUUCAGUUACAAUAAAGAUGUAGUAAACACAAGAGAUUCUACAAAUGUUGGAAAUCUUGAGCAACACGCACAAAAUUUUGGAGGAACUCAGCAGGUCAGGCAGCAUUUGUGGAGGUGAAUAAGCAAUCAAUAUUUCGGGCCAAGACCCUUCAUCAGGACUGUAUGUUUAAUUAUUGCAGCUUUUAUUUUCUUUUAAAACCUCCUUAUAAAAAUCUUCCAUAAUUUUCAAUAAUUUCAUAAGAUCACCAUUUGACUUUAACGAAUACAAUGAAACCCAGAUGCUCAUAAGCAUUCUUCCUCAUUCUUAGAUUUAUCCAUUCUUCCAGUGUCUUUACAACCCAGAUUAGGUGUGACACUCAAACUGCGAUUUGCAUAGAAAUAGUAUCAAAUCUUCAGUUUGAUACGGAUUUAUUUAUGAAAUUUACAAUCACUUUUUGCUACAUGAUAAUCUUAUACAGAGUAAGUUUUCAAAGAGCAAGAAAUUGGAUUUUUUUCUUUCUAAAAUCCAAAUUUAUGAAUUAAAGUUAAAAUAUUCAAUAGGUGAUUUUCUUUUGCUAGUGCGAUUUCUCUUUAUGUACAAAACCAUCUACACUUUUCAAUAAAUAUUGAUUUUGUUAUUCCAUCACUGUUCCCUUUCAAGUCUGUAUUCAUAUAUUCAUUUGCACACCUUCAAUUGCAAGUUUAUCCACCAUUUGAAACAGUAAGGUUGUGGUACUUGGUGUCUUAGUUGCAAUUGGCUUCCUUUUCCUGGGUUAAAAAAGGAGAAAAUGAGCCAAAAUUCCCUCUUCUGAGUAUUGUCAGUGACCCUGGGUUGAUUACAGUACUGUGCAAAAACGUUAGGGGUAUAUAUAACUAGAGUGCCUAAGACUUUUGCACAGUACUGUAAAUGGCAAUGAGUUUUGCUCCUGAUGAGCUCGAUGCUUUUUAUGCUUGUUGUUAGGGAGUAUACUGGAGUUAUGUAAAUAUAACAGAUAUUAAUUCAAGAAAGAACCAGUCUUCAGUUCUGAAUGUAAAUUGUAAAUUGAAGUUACAAUACUGUGCAAAAGUCAUGUGCACCCUAACUGUAUAUCAAAGACCGUAAGACAUCGGAACAGAAUUAAUCCAUUCAGCCCAUCAAGUUUGCUCCGCCAUUGCAUCAUGACUGAUCCCAGAUCCCACUCAAUCCCACACACUUGCCUUUUUGUGAUAUCCUUUGAUACUUUCAACUUCCGUUUUAAAUAUACCCACGGACAUGGCCUCCACCCCAGUCUGUGGCAGAGCAUUCCACAGAUUCAUUACUCUCUGACUAAAAAAAUUCCUCCUUACCUCUGUUCUAAAGGAUUGCUCAUCAAUUUUGAGGCUGUGCCCUCCAGUGCGGGAUACCCCACCCCAGGAAACAUCCUCUCCACAUCCAGCCUAUCUAUCCUUUCAAUAUUUGGUAGGUUUCAAUGAGAUCCCCCGUAUUCUUCUAAGUUCAGUGAGUACAGGCUCAAAGCUGCUGGGCUGCUGGUCACAGGUUAACACCUUCAUUCUCGGAAUUAUCCUCGUGAACCUACCCUGGAUGCUUUCCAAUGAAACACAUCUUUUUUAAGGUAUGGGGCCCAAAACUGUUGACAGUACUCCAAAUGCAGCCUGACUAAUGUCUUAUAAAGCCUCUGUGUUAUCUCAUGGCUUUUAUAAUCUAUUCCCCUUGAAACAAAUGCCAACAUUGUAUUUGCCGUCUUUACCACAGACUCAACCUGUAAAUUAACCUUCUGGAGUUCUUGCACAAGGACUCCUAAGUCCCUCUGCACCUCUGAUGUUUGAAGUUUCUCCCGAUUUAGUUAAUAGUCUGUUCUACUGUUCCUCUUACCAAAAUGCAUCAUCAUAUAUUUCCCAACACUGUAUUCCAUCUGCCAGUUUUGUGCCCAUUCUUCCAAUUUGUCUAAGUCCUGCUACAAUCAUAUUGCUUCCUCAGCACUACCUACCCCUCCACCUUUCUUUUUAUCAUCCGAAAACUUUGCUUCAAAGCCAUCAAUUCCAUUAUCUAAAUCACUGACUAACAAUGUGAAAAGCAGCGGUCCCAAUACUGAACACCACUAGUCACUGGCAGCCAACCAGAAAAGACCCCCUUUAUUGCAACUCUGCCUCCUGUCGGUCAACCAUUUCUCUAUACACGCCAGUAUCUUUCCAUAGUAUUUUAUCUUGUUAAGCAGCCUCAUGUGUGGCACCUUAUCAAAUGCCUUCUGAAAAUCUAAGUAAAUGAUAUCCACUGCCUCUCCUUUGUCCACUCUGCUUGUUACUUACUCGAAGAAUUCUAACAGAUUUGUCAGGCAAGAUUUCCCUUCACAGAAACCAUUCUAACCUUGACUUUUUAUUAUCAUUAGUUUCCAAGUACCCUGAAACCUCAUCCUUAAUAAUAGGCUCCAACACUUUCCCAACCACUUGAGGUCUGGCUAACUGGUCUAUAGUUUUCUUUCUUUUGCCUUCCUCCCUUCUUAAAGAGUGAAGUGACAUUUGCAAUCUUCCAGUCCUCCAGGACCAUGCCAGAAACAAGUGAUUCCUGGGAGAUCGUGACCAAACGUCUGUUAUCUCUUCAGCAACCUCUCUUAGGACUCUGGGAUGUAGUGCAUCUAGUCCAGGUGACUUAUCCACCUUAAGACCUUUGAGUUACCUAGCACUUUUUAAUUUGUAAUAGCAAUGACACUCACUCCUAAUCCCUGACACUCAUGGACCACUAACACCUUUUUACUCUAUAUAUAACUGAAAAAACUUCCAGAAUCUUGCUUUAUAUUAUCAGCUAUUUUGCCCUCAUACUUCAUCUUUUCUCUUAUAGCUUUUUUACUUACCUUUUUAUUAGAUUCUAAAAUCAUCCCAAUCAUCCAACUUCCCACUCACUUUUGUUACCUUAUAUACCAUUUACUUGGCUUUUAAUAUUUGCUUAUAAGUACCAGUGUCUAAUGUGGUUGUAUUUUAGCAUUACAUCUACAGAUGCAUGGGUAUCCUAAUCUUUGACUAGGGGUCUCUGCCCAAAAUAAAUGGGCCCACUCCAUCAAUGAUCGAUAGAAGUUAUGUUCAUGUAAACUUCUCAGUGGUGAGGUCUGCUAUAUAUCUCGUAUCCAGCUCACUGGAAAAUAUGUAGCAAAGUCAGAGGAGAAUUGAAAGGCAUAAAUUGUAAAAAUUUCACCUCCGUGUUCAGUGCCUUUUCAUCCACGGUUUUGAAGGAUAAUGGGCUAGAUACAAAGAAGAUAUUAUGUUGUGAAACCUUUAUUAUAACAUAAUACUUUAAAAAGGACAUCGGUGAACAUAUCUGAAUUUAAUCCCAAAGCACGCUUGUUAGGCAAUUCUGUGCACAUGAUUUAAUUACUGUCCUAAUAACUAUGUCAAUGCAAUAGCUGCACCAAGAUUAUAAUGAAGUUUACAUUUAUUGGCAUCUUAGGGGUCAAGUAAAAUAGCCACUCAACCCAUUAGUAUAAUAGUAUAUCAGAUAUACGUACUCAAAAUUUUGGAGGAACUCAGCUGGCCGGGUAGCAUCUUUAGAGAGAUUCCCAAAACAUGUGUGUUAGGCAGUUUCGUGCACCUGAUUUAAUUGCCUUCCUAAUAACUAUGUUAAUGUACAGAUGUAAAGGUGACUGGUUUAAAUAAUGACCACUUAAUAUAAUGUACAGGUGAAAUCCACAUAAGGGGGAUAUUACAUUGGUGUUAUUUGUUUUUAAAAUGACCAUGUGUGAAUUGUAAAUCGUAAAUCUUGCUGAAAAUGUACAUUUUUAGGAAGCAUAUUUCUGUUCUGAAGUCUCUGAAAUUGAUUGUAUUUUGGUAGAUUUGGCUUGUGUAAGAACUACAUGUUUUGUGCUGCUUUGCUAUGUGGCCAUUGAAGAAAUAUAGUUGUGCUGUGCUGAUCUGCAGCACAAUGGCCUUCUUCGGCAAUGUACAUUGUUGAAUGUUUCUAUACCUGUGUGAAAUCAUAAUGUACAAAGUUGAAGAUGCACUUUGACUUUACUUACCCAGGUCCUCCCCAAUGCCCCGAACCCAGAAAAAGAGUUAAUUCUAGUUAUUCUGUGCUUAUCGAUAAAGCGAGAGAAUUUACUUAAAGAUCCAAGUCAAUCUAAAUUCAGGUUUCUGUGACAAAAUAAUUAAUACCUUUUCAAAGUGCUAGAACCCUUUAGUGUUUUUGGUGGAAGUCUGUCAUUCCCAUUUCUCCCUCUGCUUGGAGACGUACACUCAGUUCCCAUUUUAUUAUCAUGGUCUUCUGCUGCUGUAGCCCACCCACUUCAAGUGCCGAUGUGUUAUACGAGAUGCUCUUCUGCAUACCACUGUUGUAAGUGUGCUUAUUUGAGUUAUUGUUGCUUUUCUGUCAGUUUGAACCAGUCUGGCCAUUCUCCUCUGACCUCUCUCAUUAACAAGGUGUUUUCACCCACCGAACUGCCGCUCACUGGGUGUUUUUUGUGUCUCACACUAUUCUCUGUAAACUCUAAAGCAGGGGUUCCCAACCUGGGGACAACGGACUUCUUGCUUAAUGGUAUUGGUCCGUGGCAUAAAACGGUUGGGAACUGCUGCUCUGGAAACUGUUGUGUGUGAAAACCCCAGGAGACCAGCAGUUUCAAACCACCUUGUCUGGAACCAACAAUCAUUUCACAAAGUCAUUUAGAUCCCCAUUCUGAUGUUUGGUCUGAACAACAACUGAACCUCUUGACCAAGUCUACAUGAUUUUAUGCAUUGAGUUGCUGCCACAUGAUUGGCUGAUGAGAUAUUGGCAUUAACGAGCAGGUGUGUCUUAUAACGUGGCUACUGAAUGUAUAUUGUUAACACCGAAGCUGUGGUAUCCUGAACUAAACUGACACAUUUACUGCCAACCACUAAUAGCCAUUCUCUAUCACAUCAUGCAAAAUCUCUUCCAGGUCACAGUUAAAAAUAAAUUGAAGCAACAUACACAAAGUGGUGAAGGAACUAUCAACUGCAGAGGAACUGUUUAAGAAUAAACUGAACAGUAUUAGAGUUUGUUGCUAUCAGACAAUGUAAUGUGUCAAACUUAACAUGCAUCUUGGAUCAAGGAUCAACUUUAUUCACCAUUUACAUUUGCAUGUAUUAGGAAUUUGCUGUGAUGUGUUGGUCAGGGCAUGACAUGCAACAAAAAACUUUUAACAAUUAUAAACAAUAAAAAAUAGAGGUUCGAGUAUGGAAGUGGAAUAAACUGUGCGUAAAUAUAUGCAUACCUUUGCAUAAGUUACUAUUUUCUGUUUAAAAUUAUUUAUCCAAAACUCAGAAUAUUUGUCUGAUUCAUUAAAUUUUUGU